CACUGAUAGUUGUGCCUAAAAGGGUUUACAGCUGAACCCGUCUGUAAUCUUACGUUUUAUUAUACAACUAUGCUAAGCUUUCCUCACCUGUAAAUGCAUGCGAAUUGUCAGGUUAAUUCAUUAAUUUAACUUGUUCAUACGAUUCGGACUGUACGUAUGUAGUUUGCAAAAGACUGUUAAUUUGUGAAUCCCGCGAUUUACCUUCUACAAUUACAUCUUUAAUAACAAUAUUUGUCUGCUUCGCUGAAAACAGGAAGUUAAGUGGUAAUUGCCAUGGCGACCGAAGAGGAAGUGCGGAAGUUUCAAGCCUGGGACUGGGUGCUCUUCGCUUUGAUGCUUGGAAUCUCAGCGGUCAUCGGAAUCUUCUAUGCGGUCAAGGAAUUCCUGAACAAGAACUCCAACAACGCCGACUAUCUAAUGGGCGGGCGCAACAUGCAGCUGGUUCCGGUCGCUAUUAGCAUCCUCGUGUCUUUCAUGUCGGCGAUCCUGAUACUCGGGACGCCGGCGGAAAUGUAUACCGCCGGAACUUUGUACUUUAUGUAUCUGAUCGGUAUGAUCCUCGCCAUCAUCCUGUCGGCGCUCAUCUUCGUGCCUCUUCUCUACCCUCUGCGUCUCACCAGCAGCUUUGAAUACCUACAGAUGCGGUUCAAUUCACGGGCAGCCAAAUUGACCGGAACAGUGAUCAUGAUUAUCCAGCAAAUCCUGUAUAUGGGUAUCGCUUCCUACGCACCUUCCACUGCUUUAGAAGCAGUAACUGGUUUCCCAACCUGGGCCACAAUUAUCACAGUGGGUUGUGUAUCAACCUUCUAUACAUUUCUCGGCGGCAUGAAGGCGGUGGUGUGGACAGACGUGUUCCAGGCUGUGGUGAUGAUAGCCGGAAUUCUCGCAAUAGUGAUUCAGGGUGCGAUGAAGGUGGGAGGUAUGAACACCGUUUGGAGGAUCAACGAGGACUGGCAUAGGAUCGAGUUCUGGGAUGCGAACUUCAACCCGACCACUCGCCACUCCAUCUGGUCGUUAGUAGUGGGCGGGAGUAUUGGAUGGAUGGCCACGUACGGGUGUAACCAGGCCAGCGUUCAGCGGUACUGUGCUGUUCCAACCCUGAGGAAGGCAAAGUACGCGGUCCUCCUCAACAUUGGUGGCGUCAUUCUCCUCGUUCUUUCCACGUGUCUUGCGGGCAUUGUCAUGUUCGCCUACUACGCACAACAGGGCUGCGAUCCCUUGACCAGCAAGAAAGUGGCCAACGCAAAUCAGCUCAUACCUUACUUCGUCAUGGAGGUGUUGGGUUACCCGGGACUUCCAGGUCUCUUUGUGUCGUGUUUGUUUAGCGGUGCUUUAAGCACUAUGUCCUCGUGCCUUAACGCGCUCGCUGCCGUCACGUGGGAGGAUAUUUUGAAGCCCGCUAUUGGCCACAAGGUGUCGGAGCGCGUGAAGACGUGGAUAAGCAAAGGACUCGUGCUGGUGUACGGUGCCGCAGGCGUCGGCUUUGCAUUUAUUGCUCAGAACUUUGGCGGGACUGUGCUUCAGGCAUCCCUAAGUUUUACUGGAGCAGCAUCGGGUCCACUUCUUGGUAUAUUUCUACUCGGUGGUUUUUUUCCGUGGGCAAAUUGGCAAGGCUGUGUAGUGGGCGGAAUACUGGGUCUGGCGUUCCCGCUUUGGAUCAGUGUUGGCGCAUAUGGCCUGCCCAGCAGUGGCUACAAACUGGACUUCCCUACGGCAAAUUGCUCGUCGGCUAACGUUACCAUGGUUACCACUACUGCGAUGAUGACCACAACAACAAAGACUCUAACUGAACUGUCUGGAGUGCAGUUAUUGUAUACAGUGUCGUAUCUAUGGUACCCCAGCAUUGGCAUGGCAACAGUCAUAGUUGUAGGACUAUUUGUCAGCCUCGUUACGGGUUGGCAGAAAGAGGAGGUAGAUCCAAAAUAUCUCAUCCCCUUUUUCGACCGACUUGUAUGCUGUCUACCGGAGAAAUGGAGGACCUUGUGCAGGUGUGGCUACCAGUUUAAAGACCCAGAGGUUCUGGUACAUGAAGAGCAAGACAAAGAAAUCGUGAUCACAAAAGAGGAUCUAGAUGAACACAAGAACGGCAACGGUUCUAUACACGAGAAAACUCCAGUGCCCUAUGGCAAAUCUGCUGUGACGCCACUCGGCUACAAACCAUCGAUGACACCCCAUUUUGUGUACACAAAUAGUUCAUUUAAUUCCGAAGAGCUUCUUUCGAUGAAACCUCCUCCUUACUAAAGCUGAGGAGAGUGAAUUACCAGGCUUAUAGAAACACUUUUUUUUGAUAGUGUAAGUGUGUUUUUAUAUGCUGACUUUUAAUAAUCAGAUAACAUAGUUGGAAACAUUAGUUAAGAUAACGAAGAUUGUUAAGAUAAAUAAUUUAUUGAACCACAACCAAUUACACCCUAUCUCUGAACUGCCAUGCCCAAUCACUGUAGCUCUAAAAAAUAUAAUCACUCUAGACAUGCAUUAUCAUGAUAAUUUAUGUGUGUUAGCUGUUAUUUUUAUAUUUAGCUGUAUAUAUUUGUUUAUUUUUAAUUAAGGUCCUUUGUUUGUUAUAACAUAUUUAUGCAGGGCAUUGAGAUGCGCACUUUCGUUAUAAAUAAAUGUUUCCAAAUGAAUUGUGUCUUUCUACAA